CCACCUUUCUUAUACUUGCUUCUUUGGAUUGAUGGGUUUGAAGGGGUUUUGUGUGGUCUCUCCGCUCCCAUGGGGAAUUUCUGUGGGAGGCCUGCCAAAUGUGCAAAUGCUCCUUUUUCGGUUGGAUCAAAGAAUUCACUGCCUAGCACUGGUGCCUCUAGUUCAAUAGAUUCAAGUAAAACAACUUCUACUGGGGUGGAUAAUUCUCUUCCAUCAUGCAAAACCGAGGCAUCACCUGCUGUUAGUUUGAAGUCCUCACUUGCAGUCAAUCUGAAGUCCUUUACCCUGAAUGAUCUCAAGACUGCUACUAAAAAUUUCAGCUCCAAUUCUUAUCUCGGUGAAGGAGGGUUUGGGUGUGUCUUCAAAGGAUGGAUUGAUGAGAAUACCUUUUUACCCACAAGACCAGGAGUUGGUAUUGUUGUUGCCAUCAAGAAACUCAAACGGGAAAGCUUUCAGGGACACAAGGAAUGGCUUGCAGAAGUGACCUAUUUGGGUCAGCUUCGACAUGAAAAUCUAGUGAAGCUCAUAGGAUACUGUUCAGAAUCUGAUAACAAACUUCUUGUCUAUGAGUACAUGCAGAGGGGCAGCUUGGAGAACCAUUUGUUCAAAAGAGGAGUACAGACUAUUUCCUGGGCGAUGCGAGUCAACAUUGCCAUUGGGGUUGCUCGAGGACUAUCAUUCUUACACAGCUUAGAAACCCCAGUAAUAUACCGUGAUUUAAAAGCUUCCAACGUUCUUCUCGACUCAGACUUCCAUGCAAAACUAUCGGAUUUUGGCUUAGCAAGAAAUGGUCCUACUGGAGAUAAAACUCAUGUUUCAACUCGGGUGGUUGGAACUCGUGGUUAUGCUGCUCCAGAAUACAUUGCUACAGGUCACUUGAGUGUAAAGAACGACGUAUACAGCUUUGGGGUUGUGUUGUUAGAACUUUUAUCAGGGAUGCGAGCACUAAAUGAAGACAGAUGUUCUGCAGAGGAGACUCUUGUAGAUUGGGCAAAACCAUUUUUGAAUGAAAGAAGGAAAAUAUCGAGGAUCAUGGACACAAGGCUGGAGGGUCAGUAUGCAAAGAAGGAAGCCCAGGCAAUUGCUGCUCUUGCCUUGCAGUGUCUACACACAGAUCCCAAAAACCGGCCUAUCAUGACAGAAGUUCUUGCCACACUAGAACAGCUCAGAGCAUCAAAAGAGACAACGGUACCUCGAAUCUACUCAAGGAAAUAAAGUCAAACUAGGGCCUUGAGGCAAUUAAAUCUCUUCAAUUUAAAUGGGCUGUGUUUCAUGACAAAUACAAGAACAAUAUGCAUGCCGCAAUAUUCAGGUAGUCCUGCAGGAUCCAUUGAAGAAACAACUGUCCGGAGUAUAUGGAUGUAUAAGCAUGAUUUCCAGGCAGAGUUUAGUAACAGCGCAUUUUGAAACUGAGAAACCUCAGAAUGUGGAAAGAGAAAAAAAACAAAAAUUGCACAUAUCUGUAGCAAAUGUGUUGAAUAUUUAAAAUUAUAUUGAUUUUUUUUUUCAUGGUACAUGUUCUUGUUGUAUAUUUAAAAUUAUAUGAUCAUUUUUACAUGUGUUGAAUCUA